CCCCACUCCCCCAUCACAACUCAUUAGAUAAUUUCUCUUUUUCAGCAGGGAAGUCAUUUGUCACACCGUCCAUUCAGACAAUGGAUUACCAGCCGGGGCUUUCAGUAAUCAAAAUUCCGUUUUCAUUUUGGAGGAACAUGUACAGCUAACCACAGGCUUACAGACGCAAGAGAGAUGUUUGUUCCUCUUCAGCAAUAUGUUGAUUGUUGCCAAGUCCAAGUCAUCCUCUAACUUGAAACUGAAGAAGCAGGUGCACCUGAGUGAGGUGUGGACAGGCAGCUGCCUCAGUGAAGUGUCAGAGAAAAGAUUCACCCCUGAGACCUCCUUUGUGAUUGGCUGGCCCACCACCAACUUUGUUGUCACUUAUAGGUCGCCUGAAGUGAAGGACAGGUGGAUGUCAACAUUGCUGUGGCACAUCAAUGAAGUGAAGCAGGCUGAGUAUCCCAAAAGUAUAUCCAUGCAGAUUUUGUUGAUGGACGGUGACCACAGCUCCUCUAGCACUGCAAUAAACGUCUCCAAUAUAGAAACAGCAGAGCAUGUCAUCAAGAGGACCACUGAGCAGCUGGGACUUCCUGGCCGGCCAAGAGACUAUCUCCUCUGGGUAAUACCAGGAAGGGACAAUCAUGCUUACCCACUUAUCGGCCAUGAGCAACCCUUCAGCAUUAUUCUCAGCUGCCUCCAAGAUUCCAUGCACCAGCCACAAGAUCCUGACAACAGAAUGCUGCUGACUGAUUGCUAUGGAACUUCCAUCCUGGACCAGCUCCCCAGGGAUAGGCAAUGCCAGUUCAUCUUGAAACUCAGACACCAGGCUCCAGAGCAGCUGCAGAGAGAAAAGGUACAGAAGCACACCAAGAGGAAGAAAUCUUUGAUUGACUGGGCACUCCGCCGAAGCACCAGCACCCCAGCUGGCAGCCCAGCAUCGCAGUCUCCGACCACCUCGAGGAAGCUUUUUGGCCUGUCCUUGGAAUCAGUGUGUCUUGAUGGAAACCUCCCCAAGCCAAUUAUGGAUAUCCUGCAACUCCUGUACCAUGAGGGCCCCACCACAAGGGGCAUAUUCAGGCGUUCGGCUAAUGCCAAGACUUGCAAGGAACUGAAAGAAAAACUCAACUCUGGAGAUGAUGUCCAGGUGGAUGGUGAAUCUGUCUUUGUGGCAGCUGGAGUUAUUACAGAUUUCCUACGCAAUAUACCUGACAGUGUUCUAUCCUCAGACAUGCACGGGCUGUGGAUGGAAGCCAUGGAUAAGGAAAGCCGAGCACAUAAGAUUGAAGCACUCAAAAGCUUAGUGAAUCAACUCCCAGAAGCGAACCUCAUUUUGCUCAGACACCUAUUUGGAGUUUUACAUCACAUUGAGCAAAAUUCGACAGAGAAUCAAAUGAACGCCUACAACUUGGCCCUCUGCAUCGCCCCCAACAUGCUGUGGCUUCCCAGCCCAACAGGUCCUGAGGAGGAAAGCAAAUCCACAAAGAAGGUGGCCAGGCUGGUGCAGUUCCUGAUUGAAAAUUCAGCUGAAAUUUUUGGAGGGGACAUUGCUACACUGUUCCAACAGUCAGAGAAAGAGAAGUCCAAGAGUGUGGAUUACUUCCUAGGCCAGCGCAAUGAUUCUUCAGAUGAGAUGGAAUGUGCUCCCUCCUACCAAGGAAGGGCACAUCAGCAUUAUGUGCGGGAAGCAGACCGUGAGGGCCUCUUCAGCCCAUUUGAUGGACUGAUGCUCAACGAGGAGCAAGAGGACUGGGAUUUGUUUAGCGAGAUCACUGCCUGCUAUCAGAGCAAAGCUGGGCAUGCCAGUUCCAACAGCUGCAACCUCCUGAGAGAGCAGGGAUCCUUUUGCUCCAACUGCUCAGUCUGCUCACUGGGGCCUCCGAGGAAUCGGUGCUCUUCGGAGCCCAGUGUUUGCCUGAGCUCACAGCUUUCUGCUGAGGACCAUGAGCCAGUGGCCCGGCAGUCCAGUUGUGAUGCCACCAUCAUGCACAGCCACGUUGAUUACGUUCGCAGGCUCCAGCAACUGCAGCUGGAGGGCCAGAAGCUCAUAGAUGAAGGGCUGAGCCCUGGUCUGAGCAAAGGAAAACAGAGUUUCUGGGGGGCCUGCCCAAGCGCCAGCGUGCCCAAGAAGCUUGACCCUCUGAAGUCAUGCCUGUCUAACACGUCUAGCUUCUCCAGCCUUUCGUCGACCACCACAUCUGCCUCCUCACUGAGCUCCUUGGACAGUGCUUUCUCAUACUGCUCCGAGUCAUCUGCCUUCAGCCCCACUGAAGCCUCCACCCCACCGUUCAUGUUCGGGACGUCUACCAAGCACCACGCCUUGUCCCCUAAGAUGGCAAAGAGAUCCUUGAAGGAGUGGCACAAGCCCUUGACCUCCCCAUUGCCACUGGGCCCUUGCAAUGUGGGCGCUUGCUGCGGGAAGCAGGUGGAGGACCAGGAGCCCAGCUGCAGCAGCAGAGUCUCAGCGAGGGUCUUCAUGCCCAUAGGGAGCCCGUUUCACAAGGACAACUGGGACGAAGAGAGGAAAGGGGCAGGAGCUGCUGAGAUGUUCUGCCACACUCCUGUGAAGCCAGACUCCAGAGGUCAUUUCCCUAACACCGAGAGCCCUUCUCUGCCAUCACCGCAAGUGCAAAGGGAGAAAUCUGUGAAGCACAUUGAGAUCAGUCACCCCAAAGCUUUGCAUCGCAGCCAAGAAAGCCUGAAGCGCACCAAGAUAACCGUAUUCAUGGCACCUAAAACGAGCAAUCCAACAGCAUCUCCUGUAGGGCAAAACAAGGAGGAGACAGCCAAGAAUCUGCAGAGUGUGAAAAUUCAUAUUCCGCAGACAGUGUUCUACGGGCAAAACACCCCUUUGGUCCUCCAGUCUGUCUCGAGGAGGUACCACCAUGAAUCAGUGAGCCAGUCACCCCAGGUGGAGAUCCCCGAAAGUGCUCCCCUCGUGGAAGUCCCAGGGCAACCAGCUGAGCAGGAAGGGUGGCACACCAAGGUCCAGCGGAGCACGUUCAGCCACAACCUCCGCAUCUUCCUCCCGGCCUCCAUCCGCAACACCGUCCAGGAGUACUUCAGUCAGGAAAGCUCUAAGGAAUACUGCAUGAUGACAGCAGAAACGGUGGAGAGUGAGCUUCUGCGGAGCAGGGCAGAGUGGCUUAGAAGCCAGCCCCGCCCCAGCGCCCCACCCAAGAAGCACAGCGGCCGAAUGUUUCCAGAAGAAACCAUUGUCUAGGAGCAGAGCACCUGCACCUUUCACAUUUUUGUGCUUUCUUUACGCAUAGGGAGGAUAGCCCUGUGAAAGUGCCCUCUAAAAUGCUUAGCUGAGAUGUGAAGAUACUCAUUUUCAUGGGCUGGUGUCAAGUGGCUGUCAGUGUGGUCAUUUGUAGCUUUUCCCUUCACCUCUUCGUGUGUUUGUUUUCCCUGCCCAGAAGAAAGGACGGGAACAGAUGUCUGCUAACAUGAGGCCGUUCUCCACACAUACAAAGCUUCAUCCUGCUGCUUUCUGCUGAAGAUGCCAGUUUGCACAGAGAGCUGAGCAGACAGGAGCAGAGCCACUCAAAAGGGUUUUUGUUGUUGUUGUUUCAGCUCCAUGCAAACGUCAUGGCAAGCCUACAAGGACACUGAGGAGACCCUUUCAAUCACAUUGAAAAAAAUUCACAACAACAAAAACCAAGCCUGGCUGUUUUUUGUUUUGCUUUUCAUCACUUUGUUAGGUGAAACUCGAAAGAAAAACAUUUCAUUUCAAACCCC